AUGUGUUAAAUUUAACCACAUGGUUAACUGUUGUUCAAAAUUGUGUUUGUGUUAACAAGGUGUUAAAUCUGUGUUAAAUUUAAUCCACCUACGGUAGGUAGAUUAAGAAGUUAACACCGUGAUUAAAUAUGGCCGCCAACUUUCUAAAUCACCCGCCUGGACCCAGAAAACAGCGCGUUUUCCGACUCCACACAAAUUUAGAGGGUUGGACUGAUGCUGAACUAAGAAGAAGGUACCGCUUUGGUCACCAUGGCAUUAAUUUUAUUGGCGAUGUAAUUAAAAAUGACUUGGAAAGAGCCACCAAUAGGAACGGUGCGCUUAGCGUCCAACAUCAGGUUAUGAUUACCUUGCGCUACCUUGCAAGUGGCAGCUUUUUGCAGGUUGUCGGGGACACUCUAGGGUUUGACAAAAGCACAGUAUCCCGCACCAUUAAGAUAGUCACCGAAGCACUGGUUGCGAGAGCUGACACAUUUAUUCAAUGGCCUGACGCAACAACAAAAUCUAGCAUCAAAACAGGGUUUUACCGGCUAGCAGGUUUCCCCAAUGUAGUCGGAUGCAUCGAUGGGACUCAUGUUCGGAUCCAGGCCCCAUCACAUGACGAAAAUUCUUUCGUAAAUCGGAAAGGAUACCACAGUAUCCAAGCUGUAUGUGACCACGAUGGAAAAGUUACAAAUAUCAAUGCAUCAUGGCCUGGAUCUGUACAUGAUUCCCACAUCUUCAGAACAUCACAGAUUAGAACAUAUUUGGAAGAGGAAGAAAAUGGCCUAUUUGAAAAUGGAGUUUUGCUAGGAGAUAGUGGAUAUGCUUGCCGACCAUUUCUUUUAACUCCUUAUGCCAAUCCCCAGACUGAACCUGAGGAGAAGUACAAUCAAGCCCAUGCAAGAACAAGAAGUGAAAUUGAGCGCACCUUUGGGCGGCUCAAACGGAGGUUUCAUGUUCUACACUCAGAGAUACGAAUGAAGCCUGACAGGGCAUGCAGAAUCAUCAUAGCAUGUGCUGUCCUCCACAACAUCGCCAUUAACCUUGGAGAGCCUGAGGAUGAGGAUGAAGUUGAGGAAGACCAGCCCCAGGUACCUGCAUUUCAAGGCCAACAAGAUGGAAGAGGGGUGCGGGACUAUGUAACACAGCAUUACUUUAGCUCAUAAUUAAUUCUACCAAUAAUAAUACUUAAUAUCAUAUCAUUAUAAUUACCUCUUAGAAAUGAAAUAUGAUAAAAGUGUUGUAUUGAAGCAUGAAAAGUAGAAAAUGAAUGAUUUCCUCUCCAUUGAAAUUAAAAAAAUAUUGCUACAAUUACCAAAUUUAAAUUAGUCCAUGGAAAUUAGAGAUUGAUUCAUUUAGUUGCAUAUUAGGAGUGAUUUCAUUGACCAUUGUUUUUGUUUACUUCACUUCAUUAAUUGAUUAAAAUCAACAGGAGAUAACUCUUCAAGGUCAUCCUAUUAGGGUGCACAUAUGAAUUAAUGGCUAUUAUGCCUGGAUUACAUGUACCUUAAAUGAGAAUGAUAGGAAACUCUUUAUGAAACAUUUUAAUUUAUAAGCAAUUAAAUUCUAUCAGUUUAACAAUAUAGUACAUACAUGUCAACAAAGAUAAAAUAGAUAUCUUGAAUAUAAUUUUAUGUUGAUUUAACAACAAACACUGGUAACGAGUAACUUUUAAAUCAAAAUAUCACAUUAUAGUUAAUGUGUUCUAAAAUAAUUAAAAUUUACAGACAUUCAUACACUGAAACAGAUUUUAGCACACUCCAUAACAAUCAUAACAGUUACUGGUAUUAAACUGUAAGUAACAGUUAAUUAACAAACAAGAAAAUUCAGAAAAUUAUAUUGUCCCCAU